CCACAACUCUGCGUUUUAUUGCCAUUUCUUACAUCUCGUUUUAAUCCGCACUCGGAGACCGAUCCUGUUGUCAUCAAAGUAUGCAGCAAGCUCCUAUUAAAUCUGGCUCAGCUAGUAUUUUAAUAACACUCAGACGUUCCCGUCCUUUGCAUAUUUCAUCUGCGAAGUGCUUUACAAACAUGAAUUUCCUAAUUACAGGCGGAUGAUUUACUAAAACUGGAAAUUCCUCACUAGUUCUGGCUUUUACUUUGAAGCUCCGGGAUUCGUUCCUGUCCCUCGGCAGUUUGGAAGGUCCCUCGACGCCGCUCGUUCGCGGCAGAGGCAGCAGGGCAGAGAGGAAGACGCAGAGACAACGGCGACCUGCCUUGAAGUUUCCGCGCCGCCGGAUCCCGGCGCGGAGUGCCGGGGCGGCGCUGCCCGGGGGCCGCUGCCCGGCCGGGGCGGGAGCCGCGGAGGGCUCCCACGUGGUGGGAGAGGAAAACCCGGCGGCGGCGGGACCCGGCAGAGUGCGGGCGAGAGCCGCGCCGGGCUCCGCGCCGCACCGGGCCGGGCCCCUCCCGGCGCACCGGGCAGGAAGGGGUGGAGCGGCCGGCGGAGCGCACGGGCGGGGAGCCGCGGGCGGGGAGGCAUCCCGGCCACGCUGAAGCCGGGCGGGCGGGCGGCGCCGCGCCUCCCCUGAGCGCUCCCCAUGGAGCGGCUGUCCGGCCAGCCCUGAGCCGGCGGCCCCAGCCGCCCGCCCGCCCGCCACCGCUCCCGAUGGAGCCCGAGGAGCGGAAGAUCUCGGUGUGGAUCUGCCAGGAGGAGAAGCUGAUCUCCGGGCUCUCCCGGCGGACCACCUGCUCGGACGUGGUGCGGGUGCUGCUGGAGGACAGCCACCACCGGCGGCAGCGGCCGGCGCUGCCCGAGCCCGGCGGCGGGAUGCUGUCGGGGCCGCCGCAAUCCUACUGCAUCGUGGAGAAGUGGCGCGGCUUCGAGCGGAUCCUGCCCAACAAGACGAAGAUCUUACGGCUGUGGGUGGCGUGGGGGGACGAGCAAGAGAACGUGCGCUUCGUGUUGGUGCGCAGCGAGGCCUCGCUGCCCAACGCGGGGCCGCGCAGCGCUGAGGCGCGGGUGGUGCUCAGCAAGGAGCGCCCCGGCCACGGCCUGGGGGCGGCCCGCGCCAGCCUGGCACUCACGCAGGAGCGGCAGCGGCGGGUGGUGAGAAAAGCCUUCCGCAAGUUGGCCAAGAUCAACAAGAAGCGGCAGCAGCCGCUAGCCCGGGAGACCUCGGCGGCGGAAAGGAUGGAGACGCUGGUGCACCUGGUGCUCUCGCAGGAUCACACCAUCCGGCAGCAGAUCCAGCGGCUCCGCGAGCUGGACCGGGAGAUCGACAGGUACGAGGCCAAGAUCCACCUGGACCGCAUGAAGCGACACGGCGUCAACUACGUGCAGGACACCUACCUGGUGGGGACGGGCAGCGGGGAGCCGGAGCCGGGCCGGGAGGCUCAGCCCUCCGCCGGCCGCCCCGAGGAGGACUACGCGAGGAAGUGCGAGGAGGUGCUGCAGCUGCAGGAGCAGCGGGCGCAGCAGGAGGAGCUGCUGGAGCACCUGGCCGCCGAGAUCCAGGAGGAGCUCAACGAGCGCUGGAUGAAGCGGCGGCGGGAGGAGCUGGAGCUGGCGGCGGGGCCCGGCCUGGCCGAGGCGGACUGCGACACCACGGAGCUGAGUGGCGGCGGCGAGGGCGAGCUGCACCUGGAGCACGAACGGGUCAAGACCCAGCUGAGCACCAGCCUCUACAUCGGCCUCAAGCUGAGCACGGACCUGGAGGCCAUCAAAACCGACCUGGACUACACGCAGCGGGCGUGGGAGGACAAGGAGCGGGAGCUGCAGCGGCUGCUGGAGACGCUGGGCACCCUGGACGUGGCGGAGGCGCCGGCGGAGCCGCGCGGGGCGGCGGGCGGGGGGCGGCCGGCAGCGGGGGGCAGCGCGGCCGGCUGGGUGGAGCAGGCGCGGGCGCUGCGCAAGGACCGCGCCGACAACGACGAGGACUCGGACACGGGGCUGAGCUCCAUGCACAGCCAGGACUCGGACUCGGUGCCCGUCUGCGAGUCCCUCGUGUAGUGCCCGCCCGCCCCGCCGGGACCCGCAGCGCCAGGGACAGGGGGCGGGCUCCGAGGGGGCCGCUCGCAGCGAAACCGAGCAGCGUACGGCCGGCGAGGGCUCUGCCCGGGGUCCCCGUCGCCCGCCGGGCAGCGCGGCACAGGCUCUCCGCCGUGCGGGGCUCGGCGGGGGCUGGUGCGGGACUGUGCGGUGCGGGCGGGUGGGGGGUGGCGAGGAAACUCCCGGUGGAAGAGGCAGGCACACAGAGGAAACGCUGUAAUUUUAGCUCUUUAAGCUGAGUUUAAACUUGUUCCAACUAGUCAUCCGCGGGCAGCGUUUAGGCUGGCUCGCCGGUACUUUUAUCUGAGAAACCCACAGCGUGCUUGUGUUUCAUUCACGUCUGGGAUUGCUCGCACCUUAAAUCCUGCCGCCUGCUGCCCUCCAAAGGUUUUCUUGCUGGGCCUUUUAAUCCUGCGGUUCCCCACGAAGGCUACUUCGCGUAAUCUUUUUGCAAGUAAAACCCCAGGACACAUGCUCCGUAGGGUAGAUCAGUUAUCUCUUUAACAGUUCCUCAGCACUGCAAAGUCAGAUCGUGGGUUAUACUGGUUAUCAUUUACAAAUACACCUGACUCCUUUACAGACAAAAAGUCACUGAGACUAAAGCUGCUGGUCAUUUACAAACUACGGAGGAAAAGAGGUCUCAAUACUACUGAACCUGACACUGGCAUCUCCCAGGGCGCAAGCUUUUGAAAGGUACUGCCGUUCCUUUUGGCAGCCAAAAGGGAUGAUAAAUCACUUUUUUUUUUUUUUUAAAAAAGACGGCAAACUAAAUCAAAAUACAGAUUAACAUGUAUUAACUCUGCAUAGUGCUUUUUCUUAUGCAUAGGCAAGAGUGCUUUGUUUAAAGGCAUACUAAGAAAUCUAUUAGUAUCAAUAUACAUUUGACAGUCAUUGAAAGCGAUUAGCGGUGCCUGAAUGUACACAGCCUUCAACAAUGUUUUUUUUUUUUUUCACUAGGCUAGCUGAUAUUUGGCUGAGCUUGGUUGUAGAUAAACAAAAUACAGAAUCAGCUUGAACUACUGUUUUUAAUAAUAUAGUUCAUAUCAGGCCAAGAGAUACAACAAUAAAAGCAUGACUCAAGCCCUACCUGCACUACAGCUUAAUCUUUUCAGUUAUUCCAAUUAAAAACAAAUAUGGCAUCAGCUGUAACAUGCAUUUCAUUUAACUGCCAAAUCUUCCUCUGCAGCUUAACUCUUACUGAAAAUACAUGAUCUGCUCUUACAAUAAGAGACAUUAAGGAUUCUUGUAUUGCAGAAACAGUUGAUGCAGUGAGAGACCAGAGAAUGUUUAAUCAGGUCCAGCGGAUGGUGUGAACUUUUUGAAACUUCUGAGAUUAUUUAUGUAAGGCUAUUUAUACAAGUUUUCAUUUAACGAUUAGAAAGGGCUACAUCAAUAGACCAGUUCUUUAUUUUUGAUGAAAAGCUCAGUUUCCUCACCCAAAGACCAAGUUCCACUCUUUUGCAGUGUUCUUGCUGGUAGGAAUUCUGUUGGACAACAGAAGAAUGGACUCUGCAACCUGUCAGUUUGGAAGCAAUCAGAGAAAUACUGUAUGUGGAUUUGUUGAGGCUGUACAAUUCCCUAUAUGCUAUCAUUCUUGAUAAAUGUUAUUCCACUGAAUGGGUCUCAGUUAUAACAAACUGGUUUAUUUUAAACACUGAUCAUAUAAUUGUUUUUCAUAUUUUAGUCAACCUUGGAAAAUAUUUAAGAACCUAUUUUUAGAGCUAAUAAAAUUCUUAAUAAGACUAAA